CAAUCUCUCACAGAACUUGAGUCUGCCAUUCUACUGAUUCCCCCCGGCGUUGAAGCUAUCUUUUGUAUCGGUAUGAUUGUCUUCCGUGGAUGCGACAGCAUGUAUUGCUCACGUCCGAGGGCCUUGCGUAUUUUUCUAUUGCCCUGUUGGACUUCCUAGUGCACGUUAUCCCUGCGGUGGACCGUUCCCUUGGCGUCUUCAAGCCGCUUGAUAUUCUUACAGGCGCAGCAUCUUCGAUACCGCUUCUAUUGUAUACCCUUUUUUUGUAUUUUUUCACAGCCUCGGAUUUCAUUCCAACGCUUCCAGAGCACUUUCGGAUCGUCGCGAGAUACUCGCUGUUGUUUUUAAUCCCCGAGAUUAUAGCCGCUAACGAGCUAGCAUCUUUUGUCAGCAUUUCGUAUCGAAUAUUCGGGAACACAGUCGAAGUCGGGUUCGUCGACCAAGCCACUCAUAUUGGCUUUGACAGUCUGACUCUGGGACUGCUCAUCGUAUUUCAAAUGAUUGUCUUCACGAUUGCCUUUUAUCGACUUGAAAAGGCCUUCGAGAAUCGGCGGAACAUCAAGGUAGCGAACCGAACUGGCAAUGGAGCUGCCCUUAAGGCACAUCUAUUCAAUGGGCUUGGCUGGAUCGUCGCAGGCACGCUGUUGGGCAGCAUCGAAUCUAUGGUUGGCUUAGCCGAGGGAGGCUUCGCAUUGGCUUUGACAAGGCGUAUCCUUCGACUGCUUGGACAUAGUUCCUUGAUAAUCGGCGUGUUCAACGGGAUGGAUACCGUCGAGGACUUUCACAUCUUCAAGCUCGAAGCUGGACAGCAACGCCGCCGAUCGAGGCUGCUCGCGCUCAUUUCGAGUCCACGUCAGAGCACCUUCUACAAAGUCAGCGGGUACCAGCUCGAUACGGAGACAGGGAGGCCAGUCGCACAGGCCAUCCGGAACCGUCUCUCCAGCGCUACUUCCGAUAUCGUCGAGGAACUUAGGUCUAUCUCCAUUCGCUUCCAGCCUGGAGCCACCCCACGCUCGUCAGUCCGAGCAACGGAAGACGCGGGCGGCUCAUCGGGAUUUACCUACAUAACAGGCUCCUACAGCAAUACGAACACGUCCACGCGCGCCACUAACGUGCACCCACGGCCAGGCACGCCGCCUUUACUGACCUCGGGCCCGCCAGUUCCGCGGAUACCCCGGCCACAGCGCGUCACCAUCCACUAUGGGCAAGGCCGGCCGCCCAUCCUCGAGCUACGCCGGUUCUCCGACCUUCUCGAUAUUCGCUCGCUCGUCAGGCUCACGCAGGUGGACCCGUACAUCGACCCGUAUAACCUGCACACGCAGUCCCUUCCCGCUCACGUUGCGAUGCAAGGCUUGGGCGUCACUGCUCCUGCACGUCGCUCCAGUCCUACACUGCCGUCGCUUCCCACGAACUAUGCGACAGAAGACGCGAGCGGUGUACCGCCUUUGCGCAGUGCCACUGAUUCACAGCUCUCCAUAGCCCCAUCUUCCGCUAUCAUUUCGUCAGUUGUCCGUGCCGACCGCGUUUUUGCUCGACAUACAUAUUCAGGACCGCAGUCCAUUCGUCAAGGGCGUGAGCGGACGCCCAGCUCUCCUUCCGACUCGAUGGAUUUUGUUCACGCAAUCGCAGAGCAGUUCCCCGAUACGCCACAGACCCCGAAGUGGUUCUCGCGGCCGGAUCGGAGAUCAAUGCCGGAGGAGGUUCUCUCCACCCACAAGUCGAGCGGCAGCGAAGGCACGGUGGGUACACUCGGAGGCCCGCUUGCCAGACAAGAACGCUCUUUCGAGCAGCUCGCCCGCGCUUUGGCAAGCGCGGACCACCCAGUACCGGAGACGCCCGGUCAACCAACUGGUGAGACACGUGGUGCACAGCAAGCAGCAGCGGAGAGCCCAGCGAUGCGCAUGAGCGAUGAGUCGCAGACAGCCGCAGCAUUUCCGACGCCCAUAUCUAUGGACAUGCCCUCUCCGCGGGCCCCACAACGCCCUGAGGAGCCUAACACCUCUACCGAACGCACCAAGAGGAGAGCGAGAAGGAUCAGCGCGCGCGCGAGCAGGGCAUUGCAGGACAUUGGAAACGCCAGCGGCUCUCGAGCUGUCGGUGCAGAGGACAGAAGUAUGCCUCCAGCGAGAUCGAUGCCAGUACGGAUCAAGAGCGUGGGGAAUGCGCCAAUGAGGUGGACACCAACCCCGACCAGCAGCAGCAUGUCUACUCGAGACAGCGUGGCAGUCGAACUGGGUGCAGUUUCUGAGCAGGAACUGGCUCCUCGCAGAAGGCCACGGAAACGGAGCACAGGCGCGAGGAGGAAGAGUGUGAUUCCAACUGUUCUGGUGGCCGAGCCAAGAAGGAAAAGUACAUCUGAGGACUAGACUUUUUCGAAUUUUGCAGGUGGCCUCUAGUACGUUGUUGCUAAUAUUUCGAGAGCUUUGG